AAGUCAACUUUUUUGUGACGAUCGAAAAGCAAAAGAAACAUCGCGAUCGCUUCUUGUUUUUCGCAACAUGACGUGUGCGGCCUGGAAGUCGCAACCUUACAUAACGAAGUCAUUUUUUCAUUUCCUCGUUCUUCCAAGUUGAGAGAAUGCAGCACGUGCGACCUUUAUCCCGUUUUUCGUGCCAUCCGCGGCCACGGGCGGCGAAGUUGCUUUCGCGAGAUCAACAUUACAGGUCUGCUGGUUCUCGCACCCGGUUCUUGUACGACGACCUCACACCUGGUGGACGUGCGGAACAAAGGUCCUUCGCGACUGCCAGCGCUAGUAGUACGAGCGCCGUUGAGCCCAGCUUUCUAGACCGCCAUGCCGAAAUGCAGCACGCCAACCGUUCCAUGCUCCGUCCCUAUCAGCACCUGCGACUACAUAGUGGCGACAGCUUUGGGGCGGUUGGUCCAGCAGGUGUAGCGACAAGCUCUGCGGGUGCAGCAGCUGCAACAAGUGUUUCUUUACAAAACAACCCCUGGUUGCCGUCGUCCGAGACAAUGCCAAAAUCCGUACCGCUCGCAAUGCCCAAGUUGGUCGUCGAGCCUUCGAGGUCGACAAAGAUAAACGCAACUUCUACGCCUUCACCGGCCGAUUGGCUCCGGGAGAUGCGCAGUAUUCUGGAUUCGAGGCUGCACGUGACGGGGGCGAUUUUGUUCCGUAACGUGCUCUCCGACAAGUUCGGUUUUCACGACGUCACCAGCCAGCUUGGCUAUCCGCCGAUCAACAGCUACGCCGGCGGGGCCGCGCUGCGGGAGGAGGUGGGAGCCGAUGGAACAAAGGCGGAGACUGAUGAUGAAACAGCUCCCGCCUCCAAGGGACCUCAACAUCAAGCCGUGUCAGCGCCGGCAGCCGCUGCGGUUUUCACUGCCUCUGACGAGCUGCCAGUUGUGAUAUUGGAGCCACACCAAGAGGCGAGCUACAUGCCGAGCUACCCGCAGAAAUUUUUUCUCUAUUGUUCCGUCCCCGCUGUGGAAGGCGGGGAGAGCUGCGUCACGGACAUGCGCGCGGUCACGGCGGAUCUCCUGGCAGAGAAGCCUGAGCUGAUGGAAAAAUUGAAGCGAAAGAAGGUCCGCUACAUUUUCCGCAUGGGCGCGGAUAGUGCGGCCUAUUACAACUGGCCCAAGCAGCUGGGAAACGGAACGGCGGACAAAGAAGCCGUGGAAAAAAUGCUACACGAAAGGUACGUAUCAAAUGCAAAAAUGUCUGGGUCUGGAAGAAUGCAAGAUUUGUCAUGCAUAUUUCUCAUGACCCAUAAUGCCUGGAAUGCGUGACCUAGCAUCGUAGACUUUUAGAAAGCUUCCCGAUACACCUUCCGCAUGAGAAAUGCCCUGUCCGUGUAGCACAAACUGCACCCCUCUUGCUGGUCAUGCAAUACAAAUUUUCUUAGAGUCCGAAAACAGCAUGACAAGUUGCAAUCUUCCAGACCCAGACAUUUUUGCAGUUGAUAGUACGUCAAUCGCGACUUGCGGACGAACUGGUCCGACAACGCUACGGGGCGAGGUUUAGUAAAAGAAUUAUUGUCCUCGUCUUCUUCGGAUAACUCUACUAGUAGAGGUAAAUCCCUGCCGCUGCCGGAGCUGGAAUUCUCCUACACAAACGAAGCUUUUGUUGAGCACCCCACGACGGGCGAGAUACUUUUCUUCAACCAGGCUGCGGUCUGUCACAGCAGCUACUUCAGCUACCACCCCGAUUGGAAACCGGUCACCAAGUCCGCGACGGUACCCGGAGGUAAAAAUCACGAGGACAAGACGAGAGACCACGAUGUUCCCCGUUGGAUCCGCAUUUCGGAAAACAACACAGCACAAUACGCCCCGUUCGACACGUGUUUCGGUGACGGGGAGCCGUUUAGUGAAGAUGACGUCAGUUCCAUCCGGCGAACCGUCUGGAAGCACACGAUCGCGCUAAAGGCAGAAAAGCACGACUUGUUGGUGUUGGACAAUUUGCUGGCCGCACACGGCAGGUUUGGCUGGGACGGCGACAAAUUCGAGCGGAAGCUGCAGGUUAGCUUGAUGGAACCGGGGAUGUGGGGGCGCAGCGAAAACAAUAGUGCGACCACAGAAGUCGAAGAGGGAGCAGGAGAACCUUUCAAAGAAGUUGCGCCAAAUAAACUAACAGCCGAAGCAGCUAGCACCCAGGAAAUCAAUCUUCCGAGCUCGUCUACUUCCCCCUUCGGCAUCUUUCCCGCGCCGGCGAACGCGGACUCGCCGGCAUUACUGCCCUCCCUGCUUCAUCAACUACCGGACUUCAACGGGCUGCUAGUUUUCCGGAAUGCUGGGUCGGUGUUCGCGAAAAACCUGCAGGAAGCGAUUUUAGCAGCUGCUGCUGAUGAUGAAAAUGGUACAAGGGGAUCUUCUGCUAGCGACCCGCCCUCGUCAGUUCUUCUUGCAAAGGAGUUGUUCGGUCUCGACCGGGCAAGCACCACGAAGUGCAUCUUCAUUGAGGACGUGGACAACUGCAAAUCUGCGUCUGCGCCCUUCGAACUUGUCGCCAAGCCAACAUCUUCUACUUCUACUGCAAGCUGCCCUGACAGCACGACAAGUGAUGUUCUUUUUGAGGACGCCGCGAAGAAAACAACGCCACCUUCCCUCGUGCUGCACCCGCUGCAUGGGCGCAUGAGUGUCACGAGCGCUGCCUUGGCUGACGCCACCGGACUGGUCCUGAAACCGAAAAAUGCACCAGCCACGACAAUGUUAAAACAAGGCAGUAGUUUUUCUGCAGAUAAUGCUAAGAUCAAACUGCAGCCCAACGACGUGAUUCUGGUUGACCGUUUGCUCGCCGACAUCGAGGAACUACCCGGCGCGGCGAUCGUCGUGGGAGGGGGUAGCAGCAGCACGGCACCAGCGCGCCACCAGGGUAGUGACAUAUCAAAUGCAAAUAGUUCUGGCUCUGCAUGACAAACUUUGUCUGGGAAGUCUGUCUGACAGACUUGAGAGCCAUGCUGGCCGAGCAUGAGAAGCUUUGCAUUCUUCCAGACCUCCCAGACAUAUUUGCUUUUGCAAUGCAUAGAAUGCAUAUGACAGCGCAUCAAGAACUACUAUGACGGCACCUGUACAACUAUCCUGGUCCGAAUCCCGGGCAGAUCUCUGGUCCAGCGCGGAGAAGUUUACGACCCACGUUACCGAGCACUUUCACCCGAAAAACCCCUUCAACUACGUGCAGCCCUUCAGUCUGCUGUCCUCCCUCGAGAAGGAUAUCGAGCUGAAGCGUGACAUGGCCCGGGCGCACCGGUUGUUGAACCACUUCGAGCUCGACGAGCUGGUCUGGAACCACGUGUCCGGGCGGUCGUUUGCGCGGAAAAACCGUUUUUUCAUCAGUAACGGGGACAAGACCUUCGAGCAAAUGUGCGAACAGGACAUGGUCCUGGAGUCGAACGGCAGCAACCAAACCGGGCAGGUGAUCCACGGCGCGGUCUACAUGGCGCGGCCGGACGUGAACGCGAUCGUGCACGCGCACAGCCCCGCCGUGGUGGCCUGCUGUUGCCUGAAGAACGGGCUGGAGAUCCUCGAUCAGCGGGGCGGGGGGCACUUGCACCGGAUCGUGUACUAUGACUGGAAUGGGAUCUCCGACAGUCUGGAAAAGGAGUGCCGCCUGUUCAUGGAAUGCGUCGCGUUCGAAAAAGUGAAUACAAUCAUGCUGAAGCACCACGGAGCGCUGGUGCUCGGCGGCACGUAUCCUGUGCAAAAGUAUCGCACUCGUAGUAAUUGCAUUCAUGCAUUACACUCAAGGCAAAGAAAUCAGCAUUACAAAUUUAAUUUGUAAUGCUGGGCUAAUUUGUAAUGCAAUUUAUACUAGUGCGAUGCUUUUGCAUUGCAUAGCACGGUGCGGGAGGCCUUCGUGAACUACUUCUACUUGGAGCGACUGUGCGAAAACUGGCUCAAGGUGAACGCCAGCAACCUGGAAAUCGAGCGGCCGAAAGCCGAAGUGGCGCAGGAGAGCGCGGCGUUUUUCGAUUUGCCGCAGUACAAGGCGGGGAACAAGGAGUGGGCGCCCCUUGCGGCGAUGGUGCAUCGGAACUUGGGUGGAAUACAGUUUUGAUUGAUAAAAAGAACGAACAAAUCUACGGUGGCACAAACUGACACUUCGCUUCUGUUUCGACCACCACUUACUGGGUUAGCUCGAAAGAGGCGCUGUUAGUUCACUUUAUUUCUGAAAAACUAGAUAAAAACACGAACAACCCAAACUCGUUUUUGUUUUUGGCGCAACAAGAAAAAAUUACAGCAUUUUGACUUUUUUUUACCGCGUUGGAAAAUUAACGCAGGAGAUGCACGCAACAUCAGAUGAAUGCCAAGAAAAAAUCCACGCGUGCCCUCGAUCGUCCGUGUCCAGCAACAUGAAGAAAUCUUCAACUUGUUUAGGUAGUGAUCUUAUCAAGAGAUUGAUACUAUGAACGAACAACACUAAACAUUUUGAAUCGAUUCUGUGUUGUGACCGGAGCGAUUUGUGUUUGAUUGGUUCCUGCAUUCUGCUUUUGACCGGAUCGCUCUCGGGGGUAAGUAAGCCUCAGUUUUGCUUUUGACGCAGUAUACUUUUGGAAAUUUUUACCGAAAAAUGUCUGUAGCGUCCGGUCAGAGGGAGGGCUCCCUACCUUGCUAGUAGAGUGGCUGCUUAAGUACACAAAUAAAAAAAUCAAGCUGUGCCCGGCUGGCUUCAUUUUUCCAUCCGGUAGUUCUGGUCGCUUCCUCGGAUGGUCGAGAUUAU